AUGAAAUAUUUAUUAUUAUUAAUAGCUUUAUUUAUUACUAAACUAUCAGGUGCUCAAACCGUUUUCCAAAGUUCAUGUCCUAGUGAUUCUCCAAUUUCUUGUUCUUCAUCUCAAGCUGCUAGUUGCUGUUUUGAAAGUCCAGGUGGUGUCUUAUUACAGACACAAUUUUGGGAUUAUUCUCCUGCUACUGGUCCAAAUAAUUUAUUUACUUUACAUGGUUUAUGGCCUGAUAAUUGUGAUGGUACUUAUCAACAAUUUUGUGAUUCUUCUUUGCAAAUUUCUGAUGAUGGUUCAACUAUUAAAGAUAUUAUUGUAAAUAAAUUUAAUGAUCAAGAAUUAUAUGAUAAUUUAAGUAAUGUUUGGAAAGAUAUUAACGGUAAUGAUCAAUCUUUAUGGGCUCAUGAAUGGAAUAAACAUGGUACUUGUAUAAAUACUAUUAAUCCUUCCUGUUAUUCUUCUUAUGAAACUAAUGAAGAUGUUUAUGAUUAUUAUAAAAUUUUAUAUCAAUUAUUUGAAAAUUUACCAACUUAUCAAUGGUUAACUGAAGCUGGUAUUAAACCUUCAAAUUCGGUUACUUAUACAAAAUCUCAAAUUCAAAAUGCUUUAAGUUCAAAAUUUGGUCAACAAGUUUAUUUUAAAUGUGAUUCAAGUAACGCAUUAAAUGAAAUUUGGUAUUUUCAUCACAUUAAAGGUUCUUUAUUACAACAAAAUUUUGUACCAAUUGCUCCUUUAUCAAAUUCAAAUUGUCCAAGUUCUGGUAUUAAAUUCCCUCUAAAAGGUGGUUCUGAUGGUUCUGAUCCAGCUCCAACUAAUACCCAACCUGGAUCUACUCCAACUGGUUUUCCAUCAACAAGUUAUAUUACAUUAAGUGGUAAAAAUGGCUGUUUAAUUAGUAAUGGUAAAUAUUAUACUAGUGGAACUUGUGCAACUUAUCAUUUUACUGCUGCUACUUAUGGUGGUGUUGUUAUUAAAUCUUCAAAAGGUGGUUGUGGUGUUGAUUCAAAUAAUAAUUUUGUGUGUGGAUCAGAUGUUGAUGAUUCAAAGAAUCAAUUCCAAAUUAAAAAUGGUCAAAUUGGUUAUGGUGGUAACUACGAUUGGUGUUUAGGUUCAUCAUCUGGUGGUCAAACUAUCGUUUAUUUAUCAAAUGGUAAAUGUUCAUCGUUUACAUUAAAUGUUUCAGGUAAUUAA